AUGUACGGUCAGACCGUGGCACUGAGUCUAGCCAACUCGCCGCCUGACUGUCUGACCUAUCGGACAGCAGGCCGGUCUCAAAAUCGGCAGUCUGGCCCGCCAGACAACCGGUCCGUCUGUCUAGGCAGACCAGUCGGCCUCGUCGGUGUGCACACCGACUGGGCCGACUCGUAUCAAAUGUCACUCUUCCGGCGAGUGGACCAGUACCGGGCGCCUGGAGCCGGAGCAGUUGCCACCACGACCGGACACCACGUCGACUCGACCCCGUUUCCACCCUCGCCCUCGCCCUCAUCUUCGUCUUCGUCUUCGUCUUCGUCUUCGUCCUCACCGUCGCCCUCGUCGCGGCCACGAGUAGCCGCGAGACUCGGUCCGCCGGACGAGAUGCACAACUGCCUCGACGCCGACUGCCCGGGGGCCCGGAGGCCGGAACCGGCCUGUCCGGCAGGACUCUCGGCGCUCCACGAGCCCAUCUCCAGGCGCCCCGGCGUCGAGCUCGUCUUUUGCCCGUCGGCUUGGAGUCCGCCAUCCACGACGCCCGCCUCGACUCAUCCCCACCCGCCGAGGCCGGAGAACUCGUCGUCGACCCCCUUCACAGACUCGACUUGUCGACCCGGCUUUUGCUGCCAACACACCGUCCUCACCGCGGCCACCCCAACAACGGCGACGGCGACGGCGACGGCGACGGCAACGACGGCCACGGUCGCCUGCUUCACGCCGCGGCAGGUGGCCUGUAUCUGUCAAGUGCUGGAGCAGCGCGGCGACCUCGACCGAUUGGCCAAUUUCCUCUGGGCCCUGGGGCCGGAUCUGGUGACCCGGCGUCUCUGCGAGCCCGUACAGAAGGCGAUGGCUCUGGUCGCCUUUGUUCAGGGUCGCUUCAAAGAUCUCUACGCCACACUCGAGACGUUCACUUUUUCGCCACAUUCACACGCCCAACUGCAGGACCUAUGGUUGCGUGCCCACUAUUUGGAGGCGGAACGCCUGCGAGGACGACCUCUCGGGGCGGUCGGCAAGUACCGGAUCCGGAAGAAGUUUCCUCUCCCACGCACCAUCUGGGACGGCGAAGAGAUGAGCUACUGCUUCAAGGUUAGGAGAAGAAGAGCCAACUAA